UUUCAUUCUGACACAGAUUCACUGCGGUGAUCAAAGGAUCGUUAUUUCCCCGAAGACCAAAGACAAUCAGAAUCAUCAGUAAUUGGGUUACGUUCGUGAUAGCUUGCAACGUUAUUCAAUAACAAUAUUACAACAUGUACGAAGAUGUGCAGUGGACGUCUUAUAAAAGCUGAGCCGUCUUCCGAAAACAGCAGAACACAGUCAUCCUUCCUUCAGAGAAGACAUCCUCCAGCUACAGACAACCCCCAACUAAAUCCAUCAAAAUGGUGUCCACUCGCUUCGUUCUCGCCAUCGUCGCCGCCCUCUUCGUCCUCGCCAUCAGCGUCGACGCUGCCUACAGAAAACCACCCUUCAACGGCAGCAUCUUCGGCAAGCGAUCCAGCACCGUCACUGAUUACGAAAUCACCAACCGUGCCAUGUCCUCCGUCUGCGAAUCCGUCGCCGAGACAUGCAACGCCUGGUUCUCCCGACAGGACUCCAACUAAACACAUUUAACCAACACUCCGCUUCGAAUAUCAAUAACGCUUAAUCAUCUUAUCAACGUCUAAUAUCAAGAUAACGCUUCUGCUAGUUCCUCGUUUAUCGAUUCUUCUGGCGCUUUGAGAUUCGUCGCACCGUCCAAAACACUCGUCCUCGUGUAUUAUUGAGCUUUUACAAUUUAAUCUA